UCUUCAGUCUCUCGGAUGUCAAUAUCCUAAUGAAGCUUGAGCUGACUGCAUAUUAGAUCGCUGUAUUUGGCUGAUGAGAUUAAUCAGAUACUCUUUUUUGCUCAAGCUUAUCAAUAAUUUCGUGAUCCUCUUCUCCACUGGUUGAAGCUUGAAGAACUUGAAAGAUUCUACUUCACCAAUCUUCAGUCCCAGAGCGUGACGAGUUUUCUUCACCUGUUAAUUUAGUUUAGGGGAGUUCUAUUCUUUGUCUUAAAGUGCUUAAGAAAAAUGUCAGGAGUUGUGGCUGGCUUGCAAGUAAAUGAGAUGAAGUCUAGUGGGGAAGAUCUUCAGACUGCUAUAGUUCCAUUGUUGAAAAUUCUCUCCCUAACGGUCAUAGGACUGCUCCUUGCAAACCCUAAACUGCAAAUCAUCCCCAGAGCAACAUUUAAACUCCUCAGUAAACUUGUAUUUGCUCUGUUCUUACCAUGCCUAAUCUUUACUGAACUUGGUGAAAGCAUUACCCUCCAAAACUUUGUGGAUUGGUGGUUUAUUCCUGUAAACGUGCUUGUGAGCACUGCUCUUGGUUGCAUGCUGGGGUUCUUAGUGGUGGUAAUAUGUCGUCCACCUCCUCAAUUUAACCGAUUUACCAUUAUAAUGACUGGAUUUGGAAACACUGGAAAUCUCCCUCUUGCUGUACUUGGUUCUGUCUGCCAUACUUCAAAUAAUCCAUUUGGAACUAAUUGCCACUCAAGAGGGGUUGCUUAUGUCUCUUUUUCUCAAUGGGUUGCUGUAAUUCUAGUUUACACUCUUGUUUAUCACAUGAUGGAGCCUCCUAUGGAAUAUUAUGAGCUUGUUGAGGAAGAGGCUGAAAUUGAGGAAAUACGCCCGCUUAACGAUAUCAGUAGGCCGCUCCUUGUAGAAGCUGAGUGGCCUGGGAUUGAAGAUAAAGAGACAGAACAUUCCAAGACACCCUUUAUUGCCAGGAUCUUUAAGAGCAUUUCAGGAGCUUCCGCAACCACUAUACCUGAUCUUGAAAUUCCGGAAAGCAGUGGGAACAGUCCUCGGUCCAUCAGGUGUUUGGCUGAGCCUAGAGUUGUUAGGAGGAUCAGAGUUGUUGCUGAACAAACUCCAAUUCAGCACAUACUUCAACCCCCGACAAUUGCCUCUCUAUUAGCUAUCAUCAUCGGCUCAGUGCCUCACCUGAAAGCAUUUGUCUUCGAAAAGGAUGCUCCCCUAUCUUUCUUCAAGGACAGCUUGGAAAUUUUAGGUGGUGCCAUGGUGCCUUCUGUGAUGCUUGUUCUCGGGGGAAUGCUUGCUGAGGGCCCAAAUGAGUCUACACUUGGACUUAGAACUACAAUUGGUAUUAUUGUGGCUAGACUCCUUGUGCUUCCUAUUAUGGGAAUUGGAAUUGUGGCAUUGUCUAAUAAACUGAAUUUCCUGGUUGCAAAUGAUGCCAUGUUUAGAUUUGUCCUUCUGUUACAAUACACUACACCGAGUGCCAUUUUACUGGGAGCAAUAGCCAGCUUGAGGGGUUAUGCAGUUAGUGAAGCUUCAGCGAUUCUCUUCUGGCAACAUGUGUUUGCCCUCUUCUCUCUUUCCUUGUACAUCAUCAUCUACUUCAGAAUACUUCCAUUCAUCUGAUGCUGCUGCAUAUUUUGCUACCUCUUGACUGAGGAGGAACAGUUUGCACAUUAUCGCAAUUGCAUCAUCCUUUGGAGUAUAAGGCUUAAUUCAAGUUGAGUUGUUUCCUGGUCUGUGCUGCAAUUGUAAGUGUGAUGGAUGGAAAUGGUGUUCCUCCUAUGAAUUUCAGCUUCUAAGGUCAAUGAUGUUUUCCUUUUGAAAGAUGGAUUUGUCAAACAAUUUGCUGUAUUUUCUUCUGGUCCCAGAGUGAGGGGUAAUGAAUUAGCUCAGAUUUUAAGUUGUUUAUAGGUCAACUUUCUUUUUUAUGUUGCCCUUUUCUCUUUUAUGUUGUCUUCUUAAUCAUUGAAAGUGUGAAAUGAAUACUUUAUUAUGGUUUGUGCUGAGAACCUCUGUUGCUGAGCUGCAAAGUUUGGUUUCUUCUCA